CCCUUAUUGCUGGUCUUGGUUGGGGAUCCUGGGGCAGAAGCCCCUUCACAUGUUUGGCAGAUGUCCUUCCUCGGAUUCGAACGUCUUCAUGCAAGUGGGUGCCAGGAGUUCGCAGAACUGAGCACUCACUCUCUGGGUGGUUGCACAGGUCGCUUGUUUUGUGUAGCAUACCGACUGUCUUUGCCGGUCAUCAGUGGAAAUGUGUACCAAAAGUUCUAUACACAGUUUGUGCAUGCGCGUUGUACCGUCUGCAAAACCUCAUCUUCGAUCCCUACGCUCUGCCUCUUGUGCGGCACGUUUCUGUGCUGUAACUCUGAGUGUUGCAGACGCGAAGGAGAUGGCGGUCAAAUAUUUGGGGAAGUUACACAGCAUGCGCAGGUUUGCGGCUUCGGGACUUGUGUCUUCCUGCAGCUUUCAAAUUCGCUUGUGCACAUUGUUGCUGAUGGGUUCAUAACCUGCUGGGGUUCCUUGUAUCUAGAUGGCCAUGGUGAAGAAGAGUACAAUCUGUCAAGACCCCUCCAUAUCUCUGAAGUACGACUCCAGCAGUUAAUGCAGUUGAUGCGCGAGGUCUCCUUUGAUUUCGAGUCCCGUUUGAAGUGGAAGAAGGUGAUUAUGGUAUGACAACCUUUGAUUCCUGAGGGCUGCAAGCGCGGCUUUGUACAAAGAUCUUCCUACCCCCAAGACGCGCACGUGUCUUCCAUGAGCAUCACGACUGCAGCACGCACAAUGCACACAAGAGG